UGUCGGUCCUCCAUACAUGGGCAGAUAUUACAACCCGGAAGUCUGUCGUCAGCGCACAUGACCGGAACCCGAUCACAUGACCAGUGUUUUCAAAGAAAACUUGCACCCAUUCACCCAACCCGCUCGUGGCUGAGAUCCUGCGUUUUAUUACAUCUUCAGGCUGCACGGUGUCCUGCUAUCAGUGAAAAGUCAUGAGACUUGUGAUUCUGGAUGACUAUGAUCUGGCCAGCGAAUGGGCUGCAAAGUACAUCCGCAACCGGAUCAUCCAGUUCAAACCCAGUGCUGACCGCUACUUCACUUUAGGACUUCCAACAGGUAGCACACCUCUUGGCUGCUAUAGGAAACUGAUUGAGUAUCACAAAAGCGGAGACCUGUCCUUUAAAUAUGUGAAGACCUUUAACAUGGACGAGUAUGUGGGUCUGCCCAGAGAUCAUCCAGAGAGCUAUCACUCCUACAUGUGGAAUAACUUCUUCAAGCACAUCGACAUUGAACCCCAAAACACUCAUAUACUGGACGGCAACGCCAGCAACCUGCAGACCGAGUGCGAGUCCUUCGAGCAGAAGAUUAGUGCUGCUGGAGGCAUCGAGCUCUUUGUGGGAGGCAUUGGUCCAGAUGGGCACAUCGCCUUUAAUGAGCCUGGCUCCAGUCUCGUGUCCAGGACCCGAGUGAAGACGCUGGCCAAGGACACUAUAGUAGCCAAUGCACGCUUCUUUGGAAACGAUCUUUCCAAAGUGCCCACCAUGACUCUAACAGUUGGAGUAGGAACAGUGAUGGAUGCCAGAGAGGUGAUGAUUUUGAUCACGGGGGCUCACAAGGCCUUUGCCCUGUAUAAAGCCAUCGAGGAGGGGGUGAACCACAUGUGGACGGUCUCUGCCUUCCAGCAGCAUCCACGGACCAUUUUUAUUUGCGAUGAAGAUGCAACGCUGGAGCUCAGGGUCAAAACCGUGAAGUAUUUUAAAGGCCUGAUGCACGUCCACAAUCAGCUAGUGGAACCGACGCUCAGCGUGAAGGACUACAUGGAUUAAUAAAUGGCUGAAAUCGCAACAACAUUGAUGUGAAUGAGUGAUGACUGGCCUCGGGGACCACAGCAGUCUUAAUGUGUUUAUAAGUCUACACCAGCAUAACAGGUAGACGUCGUGCCAUAUUCACCCACUCCAGUUGAAAGCCUUUGGGGUUCAUUUGUAGGCCAGCGUAUAAAGGGAUCGUCAGAUACACUCUUUCUUUCUUUACGUCUCCUGUUUUGGAUGACGCUACAACAGUCCUUGAAUCACUAAUUAAAAAAAACUAAUCUGUUA